AUGGGGCUGAGCAAGGCGGGCGGCGACCUCAGCCUGCUGCUUCCCUUGGCUUGCAGGUGGCCAUCAAAAGGGUGCCACGGGAGCGUGUCCGGCACUGGGGCGAGCUGCCCCACUGACGGCAUCGUGCUCCUCCCGCAGCCCGACGGCACCAGCGCACCCCUGGAGAUCGUGCUGCUGGCCAAGGUGUCCACUGGCUUCCCUGGUGUGGUCCAGCUGCUGGAGUGGCUUGAGCUCCCCAACGACGUCUUGAUGGUGCUGGAGCGCCCGGAGCGGUGUCAGGACCUGCAGCGUUUCAUUCAGGCACGGGGCUUCCUGCCCGAGGAGGUGGCGCUGGAGCUGUUCCGCCAAGUGCUGGAGGCCGUGCAGCACUGCACCAGCUGUGGGGUCCUGCACAGGGACAUCAAACCAGAGAACAUCCUGGUUGACCUGGCCACCGGGCAGGCCAAAUUGAUUGAC